UCAAUCUCUCACUCGCAGUAACAAUUCACAGUUGUUCCCCCGUACCAUAAUACCAGGAGAAAGUCAGGAAAGUUUCAAUGGCUUCAGCUUCGACCUUUCUCUCACACCCAAACCAUCACGCAAACGACGUCGUCUCCUCUGCAAUAUGCCAGUUCAAGUCAUGCAGCUUCGCCUCCCAGUCAACCUUGUUUUGCUCCAAAUUCGCAUCCAAAUCGCUGUCCUUGCACACCGCCCCAACCCGACCUGGCCGACCCGAACCCGCCUGCGCUUCCGAUUCGGAACCGAUAUCUGCAUCCCAUUCCCAUCAAACAUUUGAUGUUCUGAUAAUCGGAGCUGGAAUAAUCGGGUUGACCAUAGCCCGGCAGUUCCUAAUUGGGUCGGACCUGUCCGUCGCCGUAAUUGACAAGUCUGUCCCUUGCUCCGGUGCCACCGGUGCUGGCCAAGGCUAUAUAUGGAUGACACACAAAACACCUGUCAGUGACCUUUGGGACUUCGGACUCAGAAGCCAGAGACUCUGGGAGGACUUGGCUGAGAGUUUGAGUGAGCAAGGCUUGGACCCUCUGCAACUAUUGGGUUGGAAGAAAACAGGGAGCUUGCUUGUUGGUAGAACCCCUGAGGAGUCAGACAUGUUAAAAGGGAGGGUAAAGCUGCUAUGUGAAGCUGGGUUAAGAGCAGAGUACUUGUCUGCCAUUGACUUGCUUGUAAAGGAACCCGAACUGAUGGUUGAUAAAGAUACUGGAGCUGCCUUUCUGCCUGAUGAUUGCCAAUUGGAUGCUCGUCGUGCAGUUGAAUUCCUUGAAAAGGGUAACAGGCAUUAUUCAUCAAAGGGUAGAUAUGCCGAGUUUUAUAAUGAUCGGGUGAUAAGUUUGUUGAGAUCUGGUGGCAGUGGGGAGGUUGAGGCUAUUAAGACUUCUAGGAAUAUCUUGCACACUAAGAAGGCCAUUGUAGUUGCAGCUGGUUGUUGGAGUGGCUCUUUGAUGUGUGACCUGCUUAGAGAAUCAGAAGUUGUACUGGACGUCCCUGUGAAACCACGAAAGGGUCACCUUCUAGUGCUUGAGAAUUUUAAUUCCUUUCAACUCAAUCAUGGCCUGAUGGAGGUGGGAUAUGUUGAUCAUCAAACUGCAAUUCCACUUCCAAACAUAUCAACUUCUGGAUUGCUCGAUCAUGAUGGACAAACCUUGUCUGUUUCAAUGACAGCCACUAUGGACACAGCGGGGAACAUUGUUCUUGGGAGCAGCCGCCAAUUUGCUGGGUUCUGCACGGAAUUGGAAGAAUCCAUCAUUAGUUGUAUAUGGGACCGAGCUGGGGAAUUCUUUCCCAAAUUAAGAGAAAAGUCCCUUUCAGAUUUCAGUAAGAGCAGAGAAGUGAGAGUAGGAUUACGACCUUACAUGCCUGAUGGGAAGCCAGUGAUUGGACCUGUGCCAGGUUUGGCAAACGUGUUCCUUGCAACUGGGCAUGAAGGGGGAGGACUUUCUAUGGCUCUAGGGACUGCUGAAAUGCUUGCGGAUAUGGUGAUAGGCAAUCCUGAGAAGGUUAAUUCUGCACCGUUUGCUGUUCAUGGCCGAUGUUGAUGAUAAAACAAUCAGUGCUAAUCAACAUUAAUACAUCGAUUUUAUUGAUGAUUUCAUGGGCUAUAUUAGUCAUAAAUUCACAAUGUACCCCUGGGCACUCCAGAAAGCCUAAGGUCGAAGGUCAUGCCUCUGAGCACCUUGGUUUCUUACA